UACAAUGUCAAGGAAAACCAGGGAAUUACAUCUGGUGACCACUGCUACUGGCCGCUGGCUGUGACUUGCGUACCCUUUCAGGACGAAGAUAUGUAUUAGUAAAUAAUUGAACGGGAUCGAAAAUGCUUUCGGAACCGAAAGAAAAACCGGAGAGCAGCGAAGAAAUCCCUAUGACAGAGAAAUCAUCGGUACCGGAAAGUCAGAAGAAUAUAUUGACAGAACUCGUCCGUCCUGGGCCUGAUGUUCCGAAGAUUUGUUCCUGUCGUUGGGUUUUCUGCUACUUCAGCUGUGUGGCUAUGAUGUUUGUGUAUGCAGUCAGAGUAGAUAUAAGUGUGGCCAUUGUCUGCAUGGUGAGAAAGAAAUAUAAAAAUGACAGUAUGCAUUCAAACGACUCCGAAUGUCAAUUACCUACAAAAGAUCAUACGGAACAUCAAGCAGAAUUUGAAUGGCCUGAAGCCCUUGUUGCCAAUGUACUCGGAGGAUUCUUCUACGGCUACACAAUCUCUAAUAUCCCUGGAGGUAUACUUGCAGAUAAAUUCGGUGGCAAAAGAGUAUUCGGUACGGCGUUGAUGUUGGCCGGCAUUCUUACAAUACUACACCCAGCUGUUACACGCGUCAGCGGUUAUUUAACUUUAGCAAUAAGAAUUUGCACCGGACUUGUGUCAGGGCCUUUGUUUCCAUCGAUGCACUCCAUCUGGGGUAGAUGGGCUCCUCCAAUUGAAAGAACCAAAUUGAUGGCAAUAUGUUACGCAGGUCCGUAUAUGGGCAACAUCAUCACCUUAAUGAUGUCGGGAUUCCUCUGUGCAAAAGGAUUUGACAAUGGAUGGGGGUCGAUAUUUUACGUAUUUGGUGGCGCUACUGUACUUUGCAGUUUGGUUUGGUUCUAUAUCGUCUACGACAGCCCCCUUGUACAUCCUCGUAUCACUCCCAAAGAACGGGAGUUUUUGGAUGAAGCUGUUCAUGCACAUACAACAGUGAAGUCUGUUCCCUGGAAGUCGAUAUUCACAUCGCGGCCCAUGUGGGCUAUAAUCGUUGCUCACUUUUGUUACAAUUGGUGUAACUAUACUUUAUUGACGGUACUACCAUUAUUUAUGAAAGAGGUUUUAUAUUUUGAUAUCAAAACAAAUGGAAUGAUGUCGUCUAUUCCUUAUUUUGGUCAAUUUCUUGGUUAUACAUUUAUCGGACCCUUGGCAGAUUCCCUCGAGAACAAAAAGAUUAUGAGUACCCGCCAUAUGAGAGUCUUCUUACAGACCAUUUCAUUCAUGGGUACAGCAGCAUUUCUGAUCGGAACUAGUUACAUCCACUGCACAGAGGCUAUGGUUGCUGUUGCACUUCUCUUUUUUGCUGCAACCUUCAUGGGCUUCAGUGGGGGUGGAUUCUUUGUAAACCACGUUGAUAUCGCUCCAAGUUAUGCUGGUGUGCUCUUUGGCAUCACAAACUGUAUCAGUGCUCUGUCUGGAUUCCUGUCCCCCAUCGUCGCAAAGGCCUUAACUCCAAAUGGAACUCAACACGAAUGGCAGAAUGUGUUUUUUGUUUGUGCAGGGUUUUGUGCAUUUGGAGCCUUAUUCUUUGGCAUUUUUGCUGGUGGAACCAUUGAGGAAUGGGCUAUAGAAAAAGGAUCUUCAUACGAUAGAGAAAAGAAAAAGAGUCUACUACUUCGACAUACAAGUGCAAACGCGGCUGACAGAAAGGAAGAGAAACAAUUGUAAAGAUGCUUAUUGCAGUCCCUCCUCCUUUUCAUUUUCUGUCUAUUUCUUGUGAUGUUGUUGUUAAACUCUUCAAACAUACAUGGGUAUGGUGAAUUGCUUAUCUCAUAGGCAUUUU